AAUUGAUUGGCUCAGAGCAGUAUUCAUUAGCAGAAGUCGUUUAGCGCUUGAUUAUUUCAUUAUACCUCAAUUCCUUGGCGAUAAAUUAAUUGAAGUUAAAAUGAAGGGUUACAGCCGCGUAAUUUAGCUGUUCGUUUCUUUUUUCCUUAAAUCUUGAAGGUCGAUUCCGGAAGUUGUCGCUUGCCACUGUUGGCGAGCUUGACACGUUGAAAAAUGGCGGCGAUAAUCACCCGAGCAAGGAAUUCCGAUAUCUCGAAACUUCGGUUGUAAUUUAUACGGCGGCAGAGGACUUUUGUUUAUUUUGAUCUCCGGUGAAAUAUUUUUGGCUUUCCCAUCGUGGCUGAAAGGGAGAAGGCAUCGUUUGACCAUCCCGAUGGAGUGCAUGUUCAUCGUGAACCGGAUGGGCUCUCCGGGUAGCUCGGCUGCAGCCCAGCGGAGGCGAAUGGCCCUGGGGGUGAUCAUACUCCUUUUGGUGGACGUCAUUUGGGUGGCCUCCUCUGAGCUGACAUCAUAUAUUUUUCGGCGUCAGGAGUACAACAAGCCCUUCUUCAGCACCUUCACCAAGACCUCCAUGUUUGUGCUUUACUUGCUUGGGUUCUUGCUGUGGCGGCCCUGGAGGCAGCAGUGUACCGGCUCCAUCAAACGCCAUGCUUCUCUUUUCGCUGAUGCAGAAGCCUACUUUGCCCCCUGCACCAAUGACACCACUGUGAACAACUGCUUGAGUGAACCACUGUACGUGCCCGUCAAGUUUCAAGAUGUACCCGCCGAUCUUUCCAACCGUUUAAUUGAAACAGACUGUGAAUCUUCGGCUACCAAAAAGCAGCGGGUGCGUUUUAGCAACAUCAUGGAGGUACGUCAGCUGCCCUCCACGCAAGCCCUGGAGGCCAAACUGUCCCGCAUGUCCUACCCGGCCGCCAAGGACCACGAGGCCAUGGUGGGCACGGUGGGGAAGCUUACCAUCACCGACGUGGCCAAGAUCAGCUUCUUCUUCUGCUUUGUGUGGUUCCUCGCCAACCUGUCUUAUCAGGAAGCUCUCUCCGACACACAAGUGGCCAUUGUCAACAUUUUGUCAUCCACGUCAGGCCUGUUCACACUCAUCUUGGCUGCUAUAUUUCCAAGUAACAGCAGUGACCGCUUCACAUUGUCCAAGUUGUUAGCAGUGGCAUUGAGUAUGGGAGGUGUUGCCCUGGUGAGCCUUUCCAGCAUGGAGCGGCCUGAUGAGAAAGGCACCAUAGGUACUUUGUGGUCCUUAGCUGGGGCCAUUUUAUACGCCAUCUACAUUGUGAUGAUCAAGAGACGGGUGGAUCGGGAGGAUAAGCUCGACAUUCCGAUGUUCUUUGGAUUUGUUGGCCUGUUCAACCUUCUGCUGCUGUGGCCGGGCUUCCUCGUCCUUCACUAUACGGGUUUUGAGGCCUUCGAGCUCCCCAGCCAGCUGGUGUGGUCCUACAUCCUCAUCAACGGCCUCAUCGGGACGGUUCUGUCCGAGUUCCUCUGGCUGUGGGGGUGCUUCCUCACGUCGUCGCUCAUCGGGACCCUGGCGCUGAGCCUCACCAUUCCGCUCUCUAUUUUGGCGGAUAUUUUCAUGCAGAAGGUUCGUUUCUCGUGGCUUUUUUUUGCAGGCGCGGUGCCCGUCUUCCUCUCCUUUUUCAUCGCCACACUCUUAUGCCACUACAACAACUGGGACCCAGUCAUGGUGGGUCUGAGGAGAUUGUACGCCUUCGUUUUUAGAAGACAUCGCAUUCAAAGACUCCCCGAGGACAACGAGCUGUGUGAAAGCCUCAUACCUUUACACACCGUCUCCCUAAACCAAGGAAGCCUGUGCUCAUGAUGUAGUCAAGUGGCAAACCUCUGGUAGCAGUUAGAGACAAUGAUCCACUUAGUGCCUCCCCCAUUUGAAUGUUCAACUUUCUUCUGUGUGGCUGCUUCUGUUAUUCCUUUUUUUUUUUUUUUUUUUUUAAACUAUCGUGUGGCUAAAAUCUGACCGCAGCUCAAGAAACUGGACGUGACCAGUCAUUGUUCUUAUGAGGAUGAUAAUGUGAUGUGACCAAAUGAAGAGGUACGUUUAAAGUUGACCGGCGGGCCAGCAGAGACAUAAACCAGAAUUCCUCGCCCAUUCUUACCUAUUUUGCACUUACUCACUUUUGGGUUUUUUUUUUUUGCCUUUUGUUUUAUUGCCUUUUUCACCCACGAGAUGGCUAGCAGACAGUCCGUUUGCAAUCUAUAGUUUUAUUCAUGAAGUUUCCGUUUUGAAAGAAUAUAACAACACUAUGAUUAAUGUCUGGUUACAUUGUGGGUCAGACUGGUCCAUUUUCGGGUUCAUGAAAAAAAAAAUUUUUUUCAGUUUGAAAAGUCAUAUUAAUCAGGGUGCUCAACAUAUAUGGUACAAAAAAUGGUUAUCAAUGGGGCUAGUAAUAAGAUCUAAUCAAUGAUGAUUGGGAUUUCAAGCACUUUUGGGCCAUUAAACAUGCCCCGUGUCAAAUUGACCCAUUUUAAAGUUAAAAAAUUUUUUCAUUGACAGUAUAAUCAACAUAUUCCAUACGUUGUUAAUGACUAAUAAAGUUUAUUGGGAUGUUGUGUUGAUAUUUUUAGAUCAUUAAAUGGACUCUGGCUCAAAUUGACUCAUUUUAGAAGAUUUAAAAAUAUUCCAGUGUGAAACAUUUGUUUGGCAUAAUAAAUUAUAUUCAACGUAUACCAAAAAUGGUUAAUAACUACACCAAAACAAUAUUUCAGGAUGAUUCAACGUGCCAUAGGUCAAAUUAGAUGAGGGAUAUUAUUACAUUGAGAAAAGAACAACACGAAAGUUAAAAAAGAUGAGAUUGACCGGUAUCAGAGAGCCAAAACAUCAAACUGUGAGAUUUAGAACCUAUUCAAGGGUGCCGGAAUUCCAGAGGAUCAUAAAUGCAGCAUGGUGAUAUCUUCAAGGUAAUACUGUUGUUUUCAUAAAGUUUCACCCUAGAAAAGCUGCAUUUUAUCUGCGUCGCUUUAACUUUUUUAAAUGAGCCAAUUUGACCCACUACUGUACAUAAUGGGAAGGUUAGGACUAAAAACUGUUGGUACCGCUGUCGUUAUAAGCUACGCAGCCUGUUUUCGAAAUGGGCGUUAAACGUGAAGUAUAUUUGAUAACGUCCAGGUGACCACUACACUUUUCUUCUUAUAUUUUAUGUGCCGCUGAAAUUUAUGACUUCCAUAACGAGCCAAAUCUUUUUUCUUUUUUUUUUUUUCUCUGUUCUGCGCAAGUAAGAAUAAGAAGAAAACAUUUUAACUUGUCAGACGUUGCUGUUAUUGUGUUCGCGAACUGGAAAACGCAAGAACCCGCCAGCCUUGGAAAAUGAACAGGUUCAGCACUUUAAAGACAAUAUGUCACUUCUUUUACAGUAUUUUAUAUAUGGACUGUAUACUGUAGGGUUGUUUCUCUAGCUUCAAAAGGGUUCUUUGCUCGGUUUGUGCGAACUAUAAAACUAAGAAAAUGCUACCUUUAUUAAUGUUCUUUAAUGUUUGUUCAGUGUUGCUUUGUUUCCCAUCUCAGGUACUUUCUUGAUUGUUGGAGGAAAAAAAAUCGUUUGUGUGGCUUUUAAACGUCAACUGUUUACUUCGGUCAUCUCCUUGUCUAUUAAGGUCUUUUAGAUUUGACCUAUCUUUCCUGGGUUCUGUAAACUAUUAAAGACAUAUCUUUUUGAA